CCGACUUGAAUGACUCAUUUUCCACUAUUUUGAGCCGCCAACACGAACCUAGCCUGCCUUGGAAGACUUAUUUUACAAAUUUUUGGCCCGCCAACAAAAAGCCACCAUUGAAAUUUCUCUGAAUUUCUCUCUCAAUAGGAACGUGUUCAAUCUCACCUCUGCUAUUCAUAGACACUGAAAACAACAAUUCCAGACAUUAUUUUCUCUCUCUAGCUAGUUUCCCGAAGACAACGCCUUCGGACAUUAUUUUCUCUCUCUAGAUUUCUCUGAUCUCUGUUCUCCAAAAUGCAGAGCACUGCAUUUACCUUCUCUCCUUCGAUUUCACAUUCCGGACACCGAAGACCUCCAACAAGCGAUUGCUUUAGCUCUUCAUGCAGAUUCAAUCCUUUGUCUGUUUCGAAAUCACUUGAUUUUGUCUCCUUCAAUGGCGUCUCUCGAUUGCCUUCGCUGUAUUGUUCUUCGUCUUCGAGAGUCAAGAGCUGGAUUUCGGCUCCGCCUCUCGUUCCCGAGCGUGAAUCGGACGGUUUUGAGGUUAGGGCAACGGCGAGUGCCGGCGAGACUGAGAAGCCUAGCAGUUUGAUCAACACGUUGCAGCUUGGAGCACUGUUCGGCUUUUGGUGCAUUUUCAACAUUUACUUCAAUAUCUACAACAAACAGGUUCUGAAAGUCUACCCAUAUCCAUUAACUGUUAGCACAGUUCAGUUUGCUGUUGGGACUGUACUUGUUACUCUCAUGUGGACAUUUAAUCUCCACAAACGGCCUAAAAUCAGCGGUUCACAGCUUGCAGCAAUCUUGCCUUUGGCAGUGGUGCACACCUUAGGCAACCUUUUUACUAAUAUGAGUCUUGGAAAAGUUGCUGUUUCAUUCACUCACACAAUCAAAGCCAUGGAGCCCUUUUUCUCAGUUGUUCUCUCUGCUAUGUUUCUGGGAGAGAUGCCUACUCCUUGGGUAAUUACUUCUCUGAUACCAAUUGUGGGUGGAGUGGCUCUUGCGUCAUUGACUGAGGCCUCUUUUAAUUGGGCUGGGUUUUCGAGUGCAAUGGCUUCUAAUUUGACCAACCAAUCUCGUAAUGUCCUUAGCAAAAAGUUAAUGGUUAAGAAAGAGGAAUCUUUGGACAACAUUACUCUCUUCUCAAUAAUAACAAUUAUGUCCUUCAUCUUGUUGGCCCCUGUUACUAUUUUCAUGGAAGGAAUCAGGUUUACCCCCUCAUACCUGCAAUCUGCUGGAUUGAAUGUGAGGCAGGUUUACAUUAGAUCUCUCCUUGCUGCACUCUGCUUCCACGCAUAUCAGCAGGUUGCUUAUAUGAUUCUGCAGAGGGUAUCCCCAGUCACUCACUCUGUUGGCAAUUGUGUGAAGCGGGUAGCGGUGAUUGUGGCAUCUGUACUCUUCUUCCGCACACCUGUAUCACCUAUCAACGCUCUAGGUACUGGGGUGGCUCUUGCUGGGGUGUUCCUGUAUUCGAGGGUGAAUCGCAUAAAGCCAAAGCCAAAGACAGCAUGAAAUUUUUGCUUGUAACCUGGGUUGUUAGAUUUUUUUUUUUAGGUAAAUACUCAUACACACCGACAAAUUAUAACUAGGGGGCUUGAACCCCCUCACGUCUCCUUUGAGAUUAUACGAGCUGGGCUAAUGGCCUAGUGAUACUUUGAUUGUUAAAUGACAAGGUAAAUAUCACAACGGUCAUAUGUCAAGCACACUAUUUUGUUAGUUUUUCGGUUA